AUGAGUGGCACUGCGUACGAUGAAGGGGCGAUUGGCAAGUGGGUAGUACUCCCUUGGGCAGUGAGUGACAACGAAGAGCAACCAUUCGUUGGUCAGAUUCAGCAGAUGAAACGAAGUGAGGUUGUCUCUGGUGUUAGAGGCCGAACAAGUCGCAAAGUUCGCGUGGAACAUCUGGUUGUAUUUCACGAUGGCGACAAACGGUGGUACGACUUGAAAGAAGAGGAAGACAGCGGCAGGUUGACGUGGGUACCCAAGAUGGCUCGAGCAGAGCCCCCCGCUGCGACUCGUCGCAAUGCCAAAGAAAAAACAUCCAAGAAAAAGAAAUCCACUCAAGUCUCUGCCAAAGCGAGGGCCGAAGACUCGCUUCCCCAGUGGAUCAAAGAUAUGCACUCCUGGUUGCUUCAAAAAGACAAACCAAUGAGACCUGUGGGUGCAAGAAGGAUUAUUGACCAAGUUAUGAAGCUUGCUUCAGGAAAUGGAAUUGGGUACCAACAUUGGCCUGAAGAUGUCAUCUUUUAUGAAGGUGUCACCAUUGAUAUUGACUCUGACUUUGAACGCAUGCUCUCAGAGGCAAAGGAGUACCAUGAAACCUAUGGAAUGGACAAAGGAAGAGGUUGGCUCUUGACGAUGCCUGUCUCCAAGCUGCUUCAAUUCAAGAAGAGUCGUGGGUUGCCGUCAUUGAACACCACUGCACGAGCUUCACAAAGUCCUGGACCAAGCUCUCUGAGAAAGCCGCAGACAUCCACCAAGAGCCGCGUGUCGUCAGCAAAGCAGUCAGAGGCUCGAAAGAGAGAAGCUAUGGCCGCGAAUGCAUGUGUCCGAGACACCAACGGAAGUUUCAUGUCUUCAGAUUUGACUCUCACUACCGCUGAAUCAGAUGAUGAUUCGCGUCCAGCGACGGUUGCGAGCCACCCGACUAUCCAAGCAGAUAUCACGCAGCGUGACCCAACACAUCAGCAAGACCAGCCAGCGAAGGCAGUGAUGGAAGAUCAGAGGCAAACAAGGUCCCGUGCCCGCAAAUAUGAUGCAAUCAAAUCAGAGACUGAUAGUCCAGGCGAAUCUUUGCCCUCUGACCACUGCGCCCGUGUCGCCGCGACUACUAAGGGGAGCAGAGAGGCCAUGCAGCUCCAGUCGCGGGCACGGUAUGUUUGCCAGCAGCAGGAACGGCCCGCAUCGCAGAAUCGGGGGGGAACAGGAAAUGUUACAUCCUCGGUUCGGACUCGCUCAGCGAUUGCUGCGGCACUAGGUAUUGCCCCAGCGUCGUCUGCUGGUGGACGUCGUCAGAAAGGACACCAAGAAAGCGAAGACGUAUGCAUGUCGAGUGAAGCACGGAACAGUGUAAAGGCUGCCCCGGAAGGCGAUCUUGUACCCUGGCUCCAGGAGAUGCAUAAUUGGCUCCUUGCAAGCAACUUGACUGAGCAGACUGCAAAGCAGGUAAUUAGCCUGGUUCGGAAACUAGCUGCUGGAGAGGGACUUACGUACAAGCACUGGCCAUCAGGGAUCGUAUUCUACCAGGGCGUGUCUGUUGGCCUUCAUUUUGAUUUUGAAAGGGUGCUUGCGGAGGCCAAAGACUUUGAAGAACGCCACGGCAAAGACAGAGGUGGCUGGACCUUGAGGUACCCACUUGGAAAACUCGCAAAAUUUCAAGAGUACAAGUCUAUACAGGCAAUCUGA